GGCGGCCGGAGAGAGAACGUCCCCGGUGGAGGAUCGGCUCUUUUAAUGAGAAACCGGAGCGCCGCUGAGCACGCAAGAGACGGAGGGAGAGGGGGGGGGGGAAUACGAAAAGCACAAAACCAGGGGGGGGAAAAGGGAGAAAACGGAGGAGAGAAGGACGGCUACUCCGUGAUAAAGGGAUUACAAAUACCCGUUAAUUUGAAAUAAACUUCUAAAGGGGGGAUUUGAUGGUGUCUGUGCAGAGAAGUCAUCUAACGGACCUUAACGAGGGGAGGAAUUUAAAUGCGCUCGACUGAACCAUGCACAGUCUCUGGCUUCUAACUUUUGCAUUCAGUUUUCACCAAGGCUGGACGGCGCGAUUCUCGCAGGAGCCAGCGGACCAGUCGGUGGUCCUGGGUGAGACAGUGGUCCUGUCCUGCGUGGUCUUCAACUACUCCGGCAUCGUGCAAUGGACCAAGGACGGGCUGGCAUUAGGCAUCGGGGAGGACCUGCGAGCUUGGCCCAGGUAUCGCGUGCUGCGCAAGGUGGACUUGGGCCAGUACAACCUGGAGAUCUCGGCGGCGGAGCUGUCUGACGACUCUCUGUACGAGUGUCAGGCCACUGAGGCUGCACUGCGCUCCCGGCGAGCCAAACUCACCGUGCUCAUCCCUCCAGAAGAGCCUGUGAUUGAGGGUGGUCCUGAGAUCCUGCUCACUGCAGGCGUCACCUACAACCUGAGCUGCGUCUCACGGGGGGCAAAACCCCAGGCCCUGAUCGAGUGGCAGAAGGACGACCUGCCCAUGCCCGGAGGCAUCAGUGUCACUGAGGUGCUCCAUGACAGGAAGAGAGUGACCACCCGCAGCUUCCUGUCCAUCGUGCCGACCGACACUGAUACGGGCCACAACUUCAGCUGUGUGGCCACCAACCUGGCCGUGCCCAAGGGCAAGCGCACCACUGUGGUGCUCAACGUGCACCGUGAGUGCUGGCGUGCGUGUGCAUGUACCCCCCCCACCGUGCUGCUGUCCAUUGAGCCGCGCUCUGUGCUGGAGGGCGAGAGGGUCACCUUCACCUGUCAGGCCACUGCCAACCCCCCCAUCAUGGGCUACAGGUGGGCCAAAGGCGGGGUGCUGCUGGAGGGCGCGCGGGACAGCGUGUACGUUACGGUGGCUGACCCCUCCUUCUUCACAGAGCCGGUGUCCUGCCAAGUGUUCAACGCAGUGGGCAGCACCAAUGUCAGCAUCCUGGUAGAUGUGCACUUUGGCCCCAUCCUGGUCGUGGAGCCACGUCCCGUGACUGUGGAUGUCGACUCUGACGUCACCCUGAAUUGCAAAUGGUCCGGAAAUCCCCCUCUGACUCUCACCUGGACCAAGAAGGGCUCCAACAUGGUUCUCAGUAACAACAACCAGCUCUUUCUGAAGUCUGUGAGCCAAGCAGACGCGGGGCAGUACGUCUGCAAGGCCAUCGUCCCACGGAUCGGCGUCGGGGAGACCGAAGUCACACUCACCGUUAACGGUCCUCCCAUUAUCUCCAGUGAUCCCGUCCAGUACGCAGUUCGGGGAGAGAAAGGCGAGAUCAAGUGUUACAUUGCCAGCACUCCUCCGCCUGACAAGAUAGUGUGGGCGUGGAAGGAGAACGUGUGGGAGAAGGAGAAGGGUACCCUGUUGGAGAGGUACACGGUUGAGCAGAGCAAAGCUAACUCCCAAGGCGGUGCCGUGCUCUCCACCCUCACCAUCAACAAUGUCAUGGAGUCCGAUUUCCACUCGCCAUACAACUGCACCGCCUGGAACUCCUUCGGCCCAGGAACCAUGAUCAUCACACUCGAGGAGACAGAGAUGGUCCCUGUGGGCAUCAUCGCAGGUGGCACUGUGGGCUCCUCCAUCCUGCUGCUGCUCUGCCUGCUGGCGCUGGCCUUCUUCCUGUACCGCCAGCGCAAAGGAAGUCGGCGUGGAGUGACACUGGGGAAGCCGGACAUCAAGGUGGAGACGGUCAACAAAGAAACACACAGCCUGGAGGAUGACACUUCCACCGUCUCCACAGCAACGCGUAUGGUCAAGGCCAUGUAUUCCCCUUUCAAGGACGACAUUGACCUGAAGCAGGACCUGCGCAGUGACACGCUCGACACCCGCGAGGAGUACGAACUGAAGGACCCCACGAAUGGCUACUACAACGUCCGAGCCACAGCUCACGAGGACACGCGACCCUCUUCCCGCACCAUGCUCUACCCAGAGUACCGGCCCACUAAUCCCACGGGGGCAACUGCAGCCGGGUCCACCAGUGGACCCUCGACCGCCACCGGCGCCACGGGGGCCACAGGCGGAGCGGCUGGGGCCCGGGGGGCCUGUUACGACCCAAGGCCCCCGUCCAGGUUGUCCCACAACAGUUACGCCCAGUUUAACACCUUCUCCCGGCCCGGCCAAUCACAGCAGCCGCCUUCAAACCCUGCUCCCCAGGCCAGUGAGUUUCCUGGAGACUGCAGCCUGCUGGACUCCACCACGCAGCUCGCCUACGACAACUACGGCUACCCCGGGCAGUACUCCUACCGCCUGGGCUUUGCCCCGCCCCUGGAUGGGGGACCGGCCUAUGAGAUGUACGGGACUGGGCCCACCGUGGGACCAGGCUCGGGGGCGGGGCCCGAAGCCGGGCUCAGCAAGUACGGCACGUCCGCACGCUUCUCGUACACCUCGCCGCCGUCGGAGUAUUCGCACAGGCACACGCAGCGCAUGCAGACCCACGUGUGACACACACGCAUGCACACGCGCAUUCACCACCACACAUGCACAUGCACACGCGCAGUCACCACCACACAUGCACACGCGCAGUCACCACCACACACACACACAUGCACACGCGCAGUCACCACCACACAUGUACAAGCACGCACAGUCCACCCACAGUCACACAAACACACACACACACACGCACCUAUUGAUUCUUCAGCUUUUGAAGCUGCAAGCGAAAGCCACAAUCAAGGAGAGGAAAAAAAAAUCAUGGAAAUUACAAACAAGAUGGACGACAGCAUGAGCCGGAGGAAGAAAGGAUGGUACAGGACGAGCCGGCAGCAGGGUUAGGGGCACUGCACCUCCAUCUCAUCCCCCUUUCCCUGCCUGUCUCAGCUGCUCUCUGCCAUCCUCAUUUCUGCCUCUGUAAAUAAUGGCGGUAGACAGGAACAGGUGACGAGAACGGACUGUUUUUUGGGGGCGAUUCAAGCAUUUUCUGGAACAUAAUCCUUCUGUGUGUAAAGGCACGCGGCCGCUCAUACGUCGUCCAAGCAGAGCCCAAGACCUUCCCGCACACUGGGACCAAAAGCACGCUCGUAUUCAGCCGCCCACGUGCCCCGGGGGGGCGGGCACGAGCCACUCGCUAGGCGUGAUGGACGUUACGUAUAGCGGACACUGAGCCUGACAUGCCAAGAUCGAAACUGUGCCGGACGCAUGAGGGGUUAUCCGUGUAUUAUAGAUUACGCCCAGACCGGAGUGCGAUUCACCUCACGCAAUUCAUGUGUGACGUCAUGUUAGGAAAUUAGUAUGAUGUAUAAGGUAUGAUUUUUGUAAACUUACAAUAGUAUCUGGGGCUGUUGUGAAGGAUGUAUCAGUGUGUUCCCCAUUAAUUAACCAUUUCUACACUCUGAUUUUACCAUAGUUUACCAUGGUAAGUUCUUAUAAUAUGGGGAGCACCAUAUGCAUUUAAUAAUUUGCCAAAAUUUGUACAGAACCCUUCCCCUAUUAUUGUAUUUGUCUCUCACUUGCACAGUAGAAUAGAACUUUGUUUUUUAUCAUGUUUAUAUCUACGCGGAAAAAAAAAUACAUUUAGAAGCAUUUUUACAAUAUUUUUAUAAGGAUUUGUGGACCAAAGGUUCAAAGAUAGAGUCGUGUGUCUUUACUUGGGUGACAUUCACCAGAAGUUUGUCUACAGUGGGCCGUCGGAGGGAUGCAGAAAGAGGAAGUAUGUCACAUAUCCCAUGGUGCCCUGUGGCUAUCUCCAUGUUGGUGGUCUUCUCUUCGGUACAUGUAACCAAUCAUCAGCAUCCAUGUUGUACGCUGGUAUUUAUGUAGCCUAUCAGAGCACGACAUACUGCGUCAAUUUACCACGGGGACUUGGUACUGCUUCGCCUUUCCGAUCAGAGACCAGAUUACUGUGUGAUCGACUUGGAGGAUUUUUACAGAUGCACAGUUGACAGGCUACUCGGAAAGACCCGGAAUCAGAAUUAAGUUUGACCUAGCAGUCCCCCAAAUAUGGAGGCUUCUGUAUGCUUGGUCAUCCCCCCCCCCCCCCUGUCGCUUAAGAUGCCAAUAGCGCGUGCUUUUAGGUGAAGGAGAUGUUUUAUUAUGCUGCCUUUGCAGGAUCCACAAAUGAGGUGGUGCAUUGGGGGGGGGGAUGGGGGGCCACAGGGGGGGUCGGGAAGGGCGGACAGGUGUGACAUUUGUACCAAACACUGUCUUGUUCACCUUAUGAAAACCAGUAUUUGCAAUGUAAAUGCUUAUUAAAGGACCUCCGUAUUUAGAGGAAUGCAAGGGCACCUUGGAGGUAGACGAAUGGUGGGGGGAGGAGGGACUUGUCCCUUUCAGCCUCCAGCAUGAAAACAUUUUGAGAAGUCCAGCGUGGAAGUUAAUGUAAAAGGUCAGCCUUGGUGGGAGGUGGUGGGGGGGGCGGGGUUGUCUUAGUCACACUCACCAUGGCGAUUAGCGCAGUGCAGCACCAAUUACCACGACAGCCAGAGCCGGACAGCCAGUAACCAUGCAUAUACAGUAAUAUACCAUACACAGUAUAGUACCCUGACUGGGCCCCACACAAGUAGUAAACCUAGCUUCUCUUUCUGUCUAGAACCCUUUUUUAAUAAAAGAAGAACCUUCACAUUUUAUCUUCCAGAACUCCUGUUUUCUUCCAGGUGAACAGAUACGUAGAUUGUAAAUAGAUCUUUUUUUUCUUGGGGGGGUGCCUCCAUUAAAAAAAAAAAAAUCUCACUUGAUUUGUACUUUUUUAUUUUACACAAUUUAUCUUUUAUGAAUGCCUUCAUGAUAUAAAUUAUGUAUUACUAUUAGGUUAAUAUUGCUAUUAUUAGGAAUAUGAUUGUGGCUAUAUGUAUAUAGUUUUUAUACUUAUAUACAUACUAUAUAUAGUGUUAUUUUUUGCUCUGAUAAACAGAACGGUUCUAAAGCCUGCAGAGCUGCGGAUAUGCUGGACUAGGCAGAGAUCACCUGUACAGACCUGUUCCUCGCCAGUCCAGAACGGGCUGCAGUGUCCGUGCUUUUAAAACUACCUGGGCGCCGGGAAAGACUGUACGUUGGAGGGUAACAAAGCGGUCAGACAAAUGCAGCAGUCAUUAAUAUGUACUGUAACCUCUCCGUGGGUGAAUGGAUGGAGCAGGUGGGGCCAAGGGUGGAAAGGAGGGAGCCACAGAUGGGCGAAUCAGAAGGUGGAGACUGCAGGGUGGAGAACAGACGGAGUCCUCUCAUCUUUCAUCCUGUCAUUUACUCUGUCCUGUCCUCUCUCAGUGUAUUCAAACAAGACGAAGCCCUCAUUGCGCUUUACUUUCACAAUAAUAAGCAGGAGAUUCCAUAGCGGAGUCUAUCAUGCUUUUAGACGAUGAGCGUCGUGGCAGGCGAGGCAGGGAGAGGCGUUUCCACGGGAAUAUCAGAAAUUCUGUGUCUGUAUGUCUGUGCUUGUGUGUGAGAGAGAUGGGGGACGUGACAGAACAAUCCGGAGUGUCUCUGCACCCCCCCACUUUUUUCUGUAAUACGACAUUCCCAUACUCUUAUGCUCAUCGAACUGUUCAUUUAUAUCAGUGAUAGGACUGUACUCUGUAUUUCUGUCUUUAUGGGUUUCAGAAAUGUUACUCUUUUCUGUGUACUGUUCUUAAAGGAAAAAAAUGUACAAAAAGGAAAAAGAGGUUAUUACAUUUUACUUUUUAUUUUAUUCAAUAUUUUUUCAAAUUGUAUGUAAUUAUUUUUCCACGGUAUUACAGAAAUAAAAACCACUGCUUUCAUAACAA